UAAAGCAACAGAAACUGAAAGCAAGGUUGGACGUCUUGGUUGGACUCUACCGGUGUAUCUGCAUUGGGGCGUUAGACACUUUCGCCUGUCAACUGAUGUACCCAUUUCUAAUUGGCCAAAGUCACGUUCGAAACUCCUUUCAGCUCGUCUGCGACGUGUGUACACUUGGUAUUAGUGAGAAGCGAGUGCCCAGCCUAUCUUGCCACCGUUUCUUCAUUGCUCUUCCACUCACGCGGCCGCCGACGCCGCCGCUUGCUGAGCAAGUUGCUCGACUUCCAUCGCGCAUUAUCGCUCGACCAUUGCAGCACAAUACCAGUGCAUUUCCGCCGACGUUAAGAGCCUCAGCACCUGCUGUAACCAUGCCCAAUGCUCUGCACAUGUACCCGUCUGUGGCGCUGCUGCUGUGGAUAUGGGCCACGGGUGUGGUGCUCCAGAUCAUUGUCAUGCUGGGUUGGUGGACCUAUCAGCACAAGCAAGCAACCCAACCAAGACACGGGCGACACUACCGUCCAGUAGAUCAGGAUGAUACUACCGACUGUGCGUCUAUCACAAGAGAUCGCAGGACAUCGGAGGACGUGCCGGAACUGACCACAAGACGACACUCUGUGGAGAGUGUAAAAGAAGAAGAGGGGACAGUAAUACUCCAUCUUAAGCCAGCACGUUCCGGAGGAGAAGACGAUGAGGCAGAAGGCGACGUCCAUGUCUUCAAGUGGAAGCUACUUGCCCGUCGCUCAGCGAUUGCCACGCUGCUCAUGGCGCUGGCUAAUGUUAUAACCACUACAGUUGUGCUCAAACUACGCACCGGAUCGUACGUGGAGCAACCGUAUGAAUGGUAUUCACUGGAAAAUACUGGAAAGAGAUUGUUCCAGGAUACGCACAAGCUGCCAGUAAAUAUCAUGAACACUUGCAAAUUUCGCGACGCCAUGGCAGCCUACACGGAAUUUCGGACAUUGGAUCCAACCAUUGAACGAUAUAAGCAACACAAAGAAGUAAAAACUCAAAAGACUGUAGUGUAUGUAGUACCUUUCGACUACAAUCACGUGCUGGAGUUGAAUCCGGAUCAAAUGAUCCCCAUUGUGGAGCCUCUACCCAAGUCCUGGACGGCGUCGAGUUCGUCGGGUGACGGCAACAAAGAUGCAACUGCGAUCGUAACGUCGGGUUUUGUCAAGGCACGUCCUGUAGAUGUGAUCACACUAUUCCCCUACCUGUGGCACAGUCUUCUCGGACCUUACUUCGACUCACGUGUGGAGACACCAUUCAAUGAACCUUGGACUCGCAGAAUUGAUACUUUGAAUCUGGAAUUUCGGAUGAUUCACAACGCACAAGAGCUACGAAGUCUGCCUGCUAUGAGCAAUCUAUUGGUGUCAGCACAGUCAUUAGAUUGUGUCAACCGCUUCUUCGAGAACAACGCGCUUCCACCUGAACCUCGUGUGGGAUUCCUCGCAUUAUCAAAGGAAAGCUGCAACAAUCCCAACCCGGAACGCUUCUUGAACAACGCAGGUAUCAAAUUCGGGUUGAUUCCGUACGGCGACUGCGCACUAGUGGACGGCAAACGAUUCACCUCAUUACCACUAGGACCCAGCUUCGAGCAUGGCUUCCCGUUGAACGCUCACCACCUCAAUCCACCGCCUCCUCUUGCGUCUGGUAUCGGACGUAAGUAUCUGUUAAAUCUAAUGGUAAGUUGGACUAUCGAGAAGCCGACACGAGUGCAAGCUAUGAUGGCUGCACUGCAAGUAUGCGGGGAUUUAGAACACGAUACACGUGCCAAUUCCCGACGCUGUGUUGUCGAACACAACGACAUGUUGUUCAAGGUUCUACAGGCUGUUGACAAGCGACUGGGUACAGCUUGGCGUUGGUAUCUAUCCGCCGCACCAGCUGCGUAUGUGUCCACAUUACAGCAGUCAGUGUUCACGAUCUGUCCACUAGGCAAGAACCCAGAGCAAUAUCGAAUCUGGGAGGCGUUAUCGUCUGGAUCAAUCCCCAUAGUGGAGGAGCUGCCAGCACAAUGUCAACCUCCUGGAGUGUUUUAUCACCCGGCGUACCCUGAUUCCUGGCGCUGCGUUCCUGAAGACGUUCAUGGGGUCCUUCGCCGUUUGAAUGCACCUGUAUUGUUCGUAAGUGACUGGAAACGAGAUCUCCCACGGCUAAUGAACCGAUAUUUCAAGAAAGUGAACAAGAAUGGAGAUAAUGUAUCGACACGUCCUAGUGGUGAGUGGGGAGAAUGGACUCCGACAGAAGAAUUGCUGGCGUUUCAAGCACGCACUCGUUCGUGGUACGUGGAUCUCAAUCACCAUUUGCAAGCAGACCUCAUCGACAAGGUCAUGACCCAUUUUGCAGAACUUGGCUAGGACCAAUGAAAUUUUAAUUUUUCUUAAUAUUUAAUGGCAAAGCGAGUGCUUCGCUCUAUGAUAUCACUACUGC